GAGAGGGGAAGAGGGAAUCGUACAAUCUACCAAAGCAAAAUUUCUGCUUCACUAAAACACGCGCCUUGCUUUGAAGAGGGAAACUCGCAUCGUUUAGACCGCCCACUAUGUUGCACAUGUCUUUAGUUUUGGUAGCUACACUGACUAUGGUUGGAAGCAUGCGCCUAGCAAGAUUGGAAGUUCCAGGCGCAGUGGUCAUUGGGGAGAAUGUUUGGCUCAAGUGCGACUUUGAUCUAGAAGGGGAUGAACUGUAUUCUGUAAAAUGGUACAAAAACAAUGUAGAAUUCUAUCGUUAUCAGCCAAGGGACAGGCUGCAUGGCCAAAUGUAUGACCUCUUGGGAGUUUAUGUCAAACUAUCAAAAUCAAAUGCCAGUCACGUAUAUUUGGAAAGAAGUGAUUUAAACACUGAAGGCACAUACGGCUGUGAGGUGUCAUCAGAAGCUCCUCAUUUCAAAACUGUCAAAGCUGAAGAUGAGCUAAGAGUUUAUGUAUUGCCUAAACAACCACCGGUAAUAGAGGGCGCUGAUUCUAUGAAUGAAGUUGGAGAUAGAGUAAAUGUUACAUGUAGUUCUGGUCCAUCUAAGCCAGCUGCAACUCUCAGUUGGUUCAUCAAUGGAAUACCGGCGAACGCUUCUUUUGUUCGAAAGUAUCCCUCAAUCCGCCAUUAUAGUGGCCUACAGACUUCCCAAGUCGGCCUUGAAUUCAUUGUGGGAGCCAAAGACUUUGAUCAAGGCAAACUAAAACUUAGAUGUGUUGCAACAAUAUCUCAAGUCUAUUCCAGUGGCAGCGAAGAACUCAUCAUUGGGGAUAGAGGUCAAGCUUCAGGAUCUCAUCAUGUUCCUUAUCUAGGUCCUGGACAAGAUGGCCCAAAAAUUGAAGGUACCAGUCCAAGGUAUGAAAUUGGAGACUUAGUAGAUGUUAAUUGCACAUCCGCUCCAGCUAGGAGUAAUGCUCUUCUUAAAUGGUUUAUAAACGAUAAGGAAGUGCUUGCAAACAAAACAACACCCCAUCCUCCUAUAGUUUACAGAGAUGACUUAAAAGCAACAGUAUUAGGUCUACGUUUUCGUGUUCAACAAAAUAUGUUCAAAGGUGAUGAAUUGAGAUUAAAAUGUACAGCUACAUUAUCUCGAGUUGUGAGCCUUAGCAGUGAUGUUACCGUAGUUGGAGGAAAUCAGCAAAACUCAGGAUUUCACGUUUCUGAAAACACUGUUUCAGUUACAAACCCAACACCUCGAUGCUGCGUAGAAAAAACCAUGUGGAUCUCUAUUGUAUUGACGAUUCUGUCUUUAUGGUAUCCAAAUGACUUAUGUACUGGUUUACUUCUGGCAGCUAUCUACUGACAAUCAAUGACUUUAGCUGGUAUGACUCUUUGGAGACUAGUCAUCACAAGGUAGCUAGCUGCAAAUUUAUAACAAUCAAGAAAGGACUGUGACACACAAUCGAAUUUUCAAUGUAAUCAAGAGCUCUUCAAGAACUGUGACUUGAAGGACGGUAUUACAAAGGGAGUUACCAUUUUUAUGACAAAAGCUUAUCUAUUCAAUUGAAAUAUUUUUCUUGGACCACUAACUUUAAUGGAACAAAUAUUAAUUUGAAUAGAAGGAACAUUCAGUCAAUUACCUCAAUUGUACUAUAAAACUCAAAAUCAUAGUGAAACAACGCAUUUUACAAUGCAUGGUGAAUGAUGAUUAUCAUAUCCUUUCAUAUUAAAUGCCAUGAUAUUUUUCACCGAUGCUUAGACUAGAAUUUGCAUAUUCAUAUAAAAGCAAAGAAUCAUUAAGCGUAUUUAUCAUCUUGACUUUAGUGAUAACAAAGUUUAAUGAACUCAUGUUGAAUAUAUGAACACAACUAAUCAUGUGCCAUCAUUUUGAAUAGGUUUCUCAUGGAUAAAUACAUUUUCUAUGAAACAAUGUGUAUUAGAUGCUUAAUCGUAUUAUUGAAAGAACAGAUGAAAGAAUGUAAUAUGUACGUAUAUAUCAAUAUGCAAGUAAAAUUAUACAGUUUAUAGAUUAAUUACAGAAAAAGAAAAGAUAAGUUUUGAUCAACAUUAUGUGACUUAAGCACAUUUGUAUAUAAACACUAAAGCAUAUAAUACUGAAUGUAUAUAACUGAUUUUGAAUAUACAAAUAAAAAAGAAUUUUUUUUUCAA